AAUCCACGCCAUUUGUGAGUUUUGUGUCGUCAAAUCUCCAUUAUUAACCAUGGAACCUAAGUCCUCAAUCGCCAAAUUCUCGGAUGACAUUUUCGAUGCUUGUGUUAAUUUAGAGGAAACCCAUUUUCAGGAGGGUUACAGAGACGGAUUUAACGACGCACUGGCCUUAGGGAGGCAGGAAGGGAGAGAAGUGGGUCUUAAACUAGGGUUCCAAGUUGGGGAGGAAGUAGGGUUCUAUCGAGGGUGCGUUGAUGUCUGGAAUUCUGCUAUUCGAGUUGAUCCCACUUGCUUUUCCUCUAGGAUUCAGAAAAGCAUCAAACAGAUGGAAGAACUGAUUGAAAAAUACCCAAUUCAGGAUCCAGAAAACGAGAGUGUUCAGGAAAUUAUGGAUGCGCUGAGGUCGAAAUUUAAGGCUAUUUCCGCUACAUUGUCCAUGAAAUUGGAGUACGAAGGGAAAAUGCUGAAGUCAAUGCUUGCUUGUUGCAAAGUCUACAUAUCUGAAAGUCGAAAUAGAGCAGCACUGGAGUCGAUUGAACAGGCUGCCUUGCUUUACCGGGAAGCUUCCAUCGUCAACAAGUUCCAAGAUGAAACAUACAACCGAGUCGGUUACACCCUGGUCUCUAAGUUGGCCCCAAACCCCUCAAUGGAUUCUGUUUCUUUGAGAGGAGCUGUGCUUUCCAUGGUUAAUGCAGCUUUCGAAGCCAUCAACCUGGAAUCACACAGUGGAAGUCAUCCUCGGCUUGGAGUUGUUGAUCACAUCUGCUUCCAUCCUCUGGCACAAACAUCUCUGGAACAAGUUGCUCUGCUUGCAAAGACCGUUGCAGCUGAUAUUGGCUCCAAACUUCAAGUGCCGACAUUUCUAUAUGGAGCAGCUAAUGAAAAGGGGAGAACACUUGAUUCAAUUAGAAGACAGUUGGGCUAUUUCAAGCCCAACACUGAAGGAAACCAAUGGUCAGGAGGACCUGUAUCUGAAUCUCUGACAUUACAGCCAGAUGAGGGCCCAGCAAGAGUAACUCGAGCCAAAGGUGUUAUGGUGAUUGGAGCGACCCAAUGGGUUGAUAAUUACAACGUCCCUGUCUUUUCUUCUGAUAUCAAUGCUGUUCGUAGAAUUGCCAGGCAGGUCAGUGCAAGAGGAGGCGGGCUUGCAUCAGUGCAAGCCAUGGCGCUUACACAUGGCGAUGACUUGAUUGAGGUUGCUUGUAAUUUGUUGGAACCAGAUAGGGUUGGAGCUGAUCAAGUUCAGGCAGAAGUUGAACGACUUGCAGCUAAAGAGGGGAUGGCUGUAGGGAAGGGUUACUACACUGAUUUUUCACGGGAAAAGACGAUUGGAAACUUUUAUUUGAAAUUGGGUUCUCUUGUUUAAGUAGAUCAGAACUAGGAACCCAUAGUUAUUUGGAACCACCUUGUUAUUAGAAGAAAAUCUUCAGUGGUUUAGGAGGCAAUAAUGGAAUCUGAUGAUGGGCUUUCGUCCUGAUACAGGGACGAUUUCAAUGUAGAUUUUUCAUGAAAAUUUGGGGGGCUAAUAUUAUCUUUGUUUUGGGAUUAUUAGAGUUCA